GUUUGCGUGUUUAACUUUUUUAGUAGAAAACGUCGGAUUUCUGUUUCUGGGAGUAUCGGAACGACACAAUAUAUCUUGAAGUGAGUAAAUCACAAGAAAAAAUGAUUGUGCCCACUUUUUUUCUGAUUUCUUAUUUGUCAAUUAUAAAUGGAUAUGAUUCAGAGAUGUUUCAAAAAUUGCAAUCAACGAUGAACUACAACACUGCAACGUUAUCUAAAAUGCUGAAAGAAUUACUUCGGAGAAUUCCAAAGGAUCCAAAAUACGUCCAACUGAGUGAAGUUGCAUAUAGGAAACAAACCAAGCAAAGUUCAGACUAUCUGUUUUAUGCCAGUGCCAGUGCCAGAGCCAGUGCCGCUGUUGAUGGAAAUUUUAACACAUAUUCCCAUACAGGAUUGGACGUUUCGCCUUACUUGGAGGUUGAUUUAGGGAAAGAAUACAAAAUAUUUAGAAUAGAAAUUUUCAAUAGGAAAAGUUGUUGUGGAGAACGACUUCACGAUUUGGACAUAACAACUGGACCAUCACACAAUCAGAUGUAUUUGUGCGCUCAGUACAAAGGACCGGCUGGUAAAGGAGAACAUCUUGUUUUUAAAUGUAACCAUAGUCCCAAAUAUGCACGUUACGUGAGGUUAACGAUCAAAGGGAGAGAAUACCUCCAUGUUGCUGAAGUCAAAGUUUAUGCAUUAGAUGAUUGAUCUUAUUAACUUUGUUGUUAAAUAAAAGAUUACAAAACUUU